AUGCUCACACUCCUGCUCCCCAUCUUCACCACACUCCCCUCGUCACUCGCCCAAGACCAAGCCAUUUCCGACGCCGAAUCAACAGCGUCAGGAAACACGCUAAACACUUCCACGCAAGCCCCCGCAGAAGCGACCUCGGCCGCUCAAUCAGCUGCUUCGUCGAUUGCUUCCGAAGCCUUUUCUUCGGCGUUGUCGUCGGCUGCGAGUAGUAUUUCCGAAAGGGUGGCUCAGAGUCCGAGUGCGACGCCUACUACGGGUGCGGCAGGGUCUACAAAAGAUGUGCAGUUUGCUGCGGUGAUUGGUGGGGGACUAGCUGUUGCUGCUGGGUGGUUCGUCUGA